AUGAUUGAGACUAAUCCUUCUGACUGUAGUACUCAAUCACAGGUCAUUACUCUUAGAGUGAAAGCUACUUACAUCAAUUCAGUGACUGUAUUACCUACUUCAAUAGUCAGUUUCAUUAACUCUUCAGUGCUACUGGCCAUUAACACUUCAGUACUACUGACCUGUACUAUCAGUCUUAAUACUGGGAUAGGUCCUGAUACAUCAUUCAUUAGUCAUUACUGUACUAACACUGAUAUUAACACUACUAAUACUAACAUCAACAGUAUAGUUAAUGCAUCCUGGUAUAGAGACAAUGGUAAUGGGAACAGACUAGUAUCAGACAAUGAAGGAGUAUCUAUACUACCCAUUGUGUCUGUUACUAAUACAUCAUUCAUUAGUACACUGAGGUUUAAUCCAAUAACAUUGUCAACUCCAGUAUCAACACUUGGUAAUUACACUUGUGUAGCAUGGAUAGGAAAUCAAUCAGUUAGAAAAAAAAAAUCAAAAAAUGUACAAGUUUUGAUGAAAAUCAAUAAUUCUAGAGAUACUGUCAGUAUGCCUGUAUUGAAUGAAUAUACAGCUGGUGACAGUUUUAAUGUAGCUUGUAUGAUUACUGCUUAUGAAUUAUCACCUUCUAUUGCUACCAAGGGUACUGUUAAUAGUAUAUACAAUGACAGCAUUAUUAGGUCAGAUGUAUUUAACAUUGGUGCCACUGGUAGUCACAAACCAUCUUUAAACAUUCCCUUCACUAAUUUGAAAUUAUCACAAUCAGGAAAAUACAUUUGUUCUUAUACUCGCAGUAUGAAUAAUUUAUUUGUUCAACCAAGCGAAUUGACAUCAAAUACUUCUGAACUAAAUAUUAAAAUUUCAACUAGCAACAUCUCACUGGUUCGAAGUCCCAAAGAAUCCUAUUAUAAAGUUAAUAAUAGUGUCAUUCUUUCUUGCAAGGUUGCAGAACCUGACCCAACACUGGUUGAUGUUGAAACUACUGCAAUGGUUAAAUGGGAUUCUAGUAAUAAUAUUUCACAGCAAUAUUCUGCUCACUCAUACAAUGAAUAUCUCAAUCAUACUCUUAAUAAUAUAAAGCUAUCUGAUGCUGGAGAAUACAAUUGUACAUAUUAUCUCAAUAGUACUAAUCCUUAUAUUAUACCAAGUGAUGUCAGGACAGAAGUAACUAAUGUAACAAUUAAAAUUCCAAGUGGCAUCAAAGCAUCAAUAACUCCAUUAAAGUCACAUUAUAGUGUUGGUGAUAGCAUUGAUCUUGUUUGCUCUGUCACUUAUCCAGACUCUCCUCUUAUUGAUAUUGACACUAAUAUGAACAUGCAAUGGCUCAAUUCCUCUAAUCACACUCUACACUCAUAUACUGGUAUCAAUAAUAAUACUGAACACACUAUCAGUUACACUAUCAAUAAUGUGUCAUUAUCUGAUGCUGGAGAAUAUACUUGCCAGUAUUAUAUAUCAAGUACUAAUAAUUCAUUUGUUCUACCCAGUGAUAACAUGAGAGCUUCAACUAAUGUUUUCAUUAAAAUUCCUAAUGAGGAGAUUCCAGUAAUUUCUAAUCAGUCUGUUUAUGAUGCUGGAGAUGACAUUACCCUCUCAUGUUCAGUCACUUAUACACGCUCUUCUUUCAUUGAUGUUGAUACUAAUUUAGCUCUACAAUGGUUCAAUUCAUCUAAUGACACUCUUAACUCCAGUACCAUUAUCAAUAAUAAUAAUGGACACACUCUUACCUACACUAUUAGUAAUGCAAGACUAUCUGAUGCUGGACAGUAUACUUGUUCCUUCUUCAUUAAUAGUAGUAACCCUCAUAUAGUUAAUAGCAAUACUACCAGCAACUUCAUCACAGUUAAAAUCAAAAUACCAAAUGACACCACUCCAUAUAUACUUGUUCAUCCUUCCAAAUCCUACUAUAAUGUUAAUGAUAACAUUACUCUCUCUUGCAUUAUCCAUUAUCCUACUGAUCACCUUAUUGAUGUUAAUACUACUGUGAACAUACAAUGGCUAAAUGAUAGUCUAGACUCAUAUACUGAACUCAAUGAUCAAGACCAACACACUUUUAAUUCCACUAUCAGCAGUUUGAAUCUAACUGAUGCUGGAAACUAUACUUGCUCCUUCUUUAUUAGUGCACUAAUGAACAUUAACAUUAUACGCAGUGAAGCAAAUGAUAAUUCCACAAGUAUUAGAGUUAAAAUUCCUAAAGGUGAAAAUCCCUCAGUUAAUCAGUUAAAGUCUUACUAUAGUGUUGGUGACAAUAUUACUCUAACUUGCUCUGCCACUUAUCCUUCUUAUAUUGCUACUAAUAUGAACAUGCAAUGGCUCAAUUCCUCUACUCACACUCUACACUCAAACACUAGUGUUAAUACUAAUACUAAACACACUAUUAGCUACACUAUCAAUAAUGUGUCAUUAUCUGAUGCUAAAGAAUAUACUUGCCAGUUUAAUAUAAGUUCUAAUAAUUCAUUUGUUCUAGACAGUGAUUAUGUCAAUGAUUCAAUUAAAGUUUUCAUUAAAAUUCCUAAUGACAAGAUCCCAGUAAUUAAUCUCAUUCCUGAUCAGUCUGAGUAUAUUGCUGGUAGUGACAUUACCCUCUCAUGCUCUGUCACUUAUCCAUACUCUUCCUACAUUGACGUUGAUACUAAUUUAACUCUACAAUGGUUCAACUCUUCUAAUCACACUCUUAACUCCAGUACCAUUAUCAAUAAUAAUAAUGGACACACUCUUACCUACACUAUUAGUAAUGCAAGACUAUCUGAUGCUGGACAGUAUAUUUGUUUCUUUUUUGUUAAUGCAACAGUAAACAAUGAUGUCAUACACAGUGAAACAACUUCUAGUGUUACAAAUAUUACUGUUAUGCUUUCUAGAGGUACAAUUCCUUCUAUAACUAUUAGUCAAAAUGAUCCUCUAUUUGGUGUCGGCAGUAAUGCUAUCUUGAGCUGUUCAGUUUACUAUGCCUACUCCUCAUUCAUUGAUGUUGAUACAACAGUACACAUUGAAUGGAAGCAUAAUGGAGUGUUAUUAGAAUCAAAAUCAACUAGAAAUACAUUCACUAAUGUCAGCCUCGACUAUCGUUUGAGUGAUAUCAAUAAUGAAGAAUAUACUUGUGAAUCAUAUCUCAGUGCUACUGAUGGUAAUCCAUUUAUUAUAAACAGUAGUAUGACUAACAAUACUAUUAUUGUUACAGAGGCUUUAGCUGUACCAGUUGUGGUUGGUUUUAUAUUCUUUGGAAUUAUUCUUUUAGUAAUAAUUGGUGUGAUUGCAUUAAUUAUUUGUUGGUUGAAGAUUCGAGGUCUAAAACCAUCAGGUGUAAAAGAGAGUAAAGAAUUGUAUACAUUCUCAAGAGAACUUACCAAAGAAGAUACUGAUAUCACUGAGACCUAUACACUAACUUUAACUGAAGAAUUUCUCUAUCAAAAUGUUAAAGCUACUGCUAGCACUCACAAGAGGCCCAUUAACAGUUUUCCUUCUUUUGUUAAAAGCUCAAAAAAAGAAAUAGAAGAUGAAUAUGAAGACAUUGAAACAUUAGCUCCAUCAAAAUCUGACUCAAUAGCUAAAAGUCAUGCAUUGAAGAACAGGUUUCAAAACAUCAGCCCAUUUGAUGAUAAUAUUGUUCCAUUGGUUGAAAUCAAAGGACAAGAAGGCUCAAAUUACAUUAAUGCUUCAUAUGUUUCUGGAUAUUGUAGACACAGAGCUUACAUUGCUACACAAGGCCCCAUACCAAGUACAGUAGUUGACUUUUGGAGGAUGGUAUGGGAAUAUAAACUACCAACUAUUGUAAUGCUAACACAAUUAGUCGAAAAAGGAAUUAAUAAAUGUGCUUGCUAUUGGCCUGAAGAUUUAAAUAGUGAGCAAGACAUUGGAGAAGGAAUGAAACUAACAUUGAAAUCAGAGGAAAAUCAAAGCAAGACUGGUAAUAAACCUAUUGUGGUGAUCUGCAAUGAUGGUGUUGGUUGUAGUGGUACGUUUCUGACAGCUUAUUCUCAAAUAGAAAGAGCCAAAACUGAAGGAGUGUCUGAUAUAUUUCAAUUUAUUAGGAAAGCAAGGAGCCAGAGACCAGGACUGGUUGAUUGUUUGGAGCAGUACAUUUAUUGUCAUGAAAUAAUUUCGGAUUUUGCUGAAGACAUGUCCCAAUAUGACAAUUUCAAACGUUACAUUUGA